CCGACGAUGAAGAAGAAGCCGAAAAGGUGUUUUCUUUGACUGCUAGGAUAGCUAACUAGCUAGUAUAUUUCUUAGAUAAGUCAUUCCUUCCCUUUCUCUUCAUAAAAAUCCGAAGUAAGAAGUUCUUUGGAGGUGAAAUAUGGAACCCCCAUUUCCUCUGCUCUCCCUGGGUGUCCUGGUCCCUCCUCUCCGGAUGAUGUCAGCACUCAUGUGGCAGGUGGUGCGCCUGGGCAACAUAAGUCAGUAUGGGAAAUUGGAGGAGUUUGUUUCCAUGGUCACAGAGGCGGUUCCAGAUCUUCUGUCCAACAGACAGAGGUGGCUGCUGACCCUGGCACUCAGAGGACGGGUGAGUCUACAGCUAUUAGGGUCUGGACAUCCUGAUGACCUCAAGGCUGUUCAAACCCACCUGGAUAGAAUCACAGCAUCUGGUCUCAAACAGUCAAACGAUGCCGCGAUUGAAUUUGCUGAAGCCAACUUCCUGAAGCUGAUCCGGAGCCUCGUGGAAGACCCAGAUAGGAGGGAACACUUCUUCAAGGUUGUGUUCCCCGUGGAGUAUGGACCAAGCUUUGACUCGGCGCUGCAGACUCUGGUGUGUCAUUUGCUGUCCAGACUGGAGGAGCUGCUGCCCAUCCCUGACUUCAAACAGACUGCUCUGUUGAUCAGUGAUGCCCCAUCUGUCCUGGAGGACUUCAUGUGCAGUGUCUCCCAUGCAGAGGAUCUGAAGUCCCUGCUACAGAACCCACAGUGCCACGGGAAACUCAAGCUGCCCAAGAGCGCUCCUUCGCAGAUAGAGGACCAUCUCCUCUUCUCCUUAUCCCUUCCUCCCUCACUGAGACUGGGCAAUGCCUCACACCACAGGGCCAGCGAAUCCAAAGCCUUCCCUGACUGUGAGAACCCGCCCCUGCAGGUCAGAGAUAACCAGGGGACUAUGACUGACAAUUUGAGUGGCCAAUGGGCUGAGUCCAAAACAAGUAUAGAUCAAGACGUGAUUGGAACAGAUUCAGUAGAAAACCAAGGAGGUUCUCAACGAACAGACAACCAGAAGGACGUGAAGGAGAAAGAUGUGGAAAGACAAAGUGCAGGAAGGAAAGCAGUAGACACGGAGCACCAAUACUGUCUGGGCACCAAUACUGCUCCUCAAACUGCUGACCAAGACACGGCACCAUCAGCCAGCCAACAAGCUGCCUCAGCCUCCACCUCAGUCUCUGCCCAGGACACCACCUCAACAUCCACCUCGGGCACCCUGUCGUCCUCCUCCGGUGUGUCACCCGAGCAGCCGCGGCAGCGCGUGGCCCACAGGUGUCCCCAGUGCGGCCGUUGUUUCAUUUACCGCUAUAAGAUGCUGGAGCACCAGAGACUCCACACAGGGGAGAACCCUUACAAGUGUUCCCAGUGUGGUAAGACCUUCAGAAGGUCCUCGGAGAUGUCCACCCACCGCAGGACGCAGUGCUCCAACGCUGCCUAUGUCUGUAUUAAAUGUGGAAGCAGUUUUGGGUCGGUCAGAGAGCGGGUCAGCCACAGGUGUUGUGGUAGCAAAGCGGCGGCAGCGCCGAAGUUUGAAUGUCCACAGUGUGGGAAGAACUUCAAGUGGCACAACUCGCUAAAGAAACACCUGGUAACCCACACCAGGAAGAAGGGCUUCAACUGCAGGUACUGUGGUGAGGGGCCGUUCCCAGGUAUCGCUGAGCUGAGGACCCACCAGAAGGUCCAUGAUGGAGAAGAGAAGCCCUACAAGUGUGAACAGUGUGGAAAGGGCUUCAGCUCCCAGGGCUGGCUCCAUGGCCACGAGCAGCGCCACUCCCAAGAGAGGUCCAAGAUCUGCCCGAGCUGUGGAAAGGCCUUCCGGUGUAAAGGAGACCUGAAGCUCCACAUGCGGACUCACACCGGCGAGAGGCCGUACCAGUGUACCUACUGCACCAAGCGGUUCUCUGUGAACGGAAACCUGACGAUACACAUCAGGACUCACACAGGGGAGAAACCUUUCCUCUGCUCCGACUGCGGCAAGGCCUUCUGCUCUGCAGGAGAGCUGCAGAUCCACAGGAGAACACACACUGGGGAGAGACCGUACAAAUGCACCGUCUGCGAGAAGGGCUUCACCAUGGCUAGUCAGGUGACUCUUCACAUGCGGGUACACACGGGGGAACGACCCUACGUGUGUCAUGAGUGUGGAAAGGCAUUUCGUCGCGGUGCGGAGCUGAAGACACACAUCCUGAAUCACAGUGGGGUGAGACCGUACCCCUGUCGUCUCUGUUCCAAGACCUACACCUGCCUUAGUCACCUGAAGAGACAUUUGAAGACUCACGGGGACCAGUCGGUGGAUAUGAGCAGUGAGUUGUCUGUAUCUGCUGUAUAAUAAACCACUUGAAAAGAAAA